AUGGCGUCCCGUUCUAGCAAAAACCCCGAACCGCGAGAUAACAGAAAAAAUGACCCCCAAAAUCAGCGUGACAAAAAUACAUACAACCAGAGACCACCCCGCGAUUUCAAUGAACCUCUGAAUCAUAUUAAUCGUGAAGCUAAUAAAGAUAGAGGCGGCGCUCCUUAUUUGAUUGCGGGAUUCAACAAGCGUUCCGUCCCUUAUCUCAACUGUUACAUUGGCGGCUCGAAUUCCAGAUCCCCUCGCUGCUUCAGCAUUAGUAACGAGGAAAGCUGGGACUCUGAUGCCCCUCCCGACGAUUCUAGUAGCGAGGAAAACCGGGAUUCUAGCCACAGUGGUGAGGAAACUCAGAACCCCGAAGCUAUCCCCGAACCCGACUCCAGCAAUAAGGAAGGCGGCUCUGGCAGAAAGGCAGACCCACCUCCCCUUGACCUUGCUUCUAACGAGGAAAACUUGAGCCCCGACCCCGAUAACAAGGAAGGCCGGAAUAGCGAACCCUUCCCUGACUUUGAUUCUGGUUCCAAUCCUAGUGGGGACAUGCCCGAUUCCAAACCGACAGAAACCAGCGUUGAGGGCCAACCUCCUUCACAACCAACCAUGAAAGGCAAACAAAACCACAAUGGUUGGGGUGAAAUAGACACUGGCGUUGUCUGCCUAAUGGAGCACAAGGGAAUUGCGUUUGAGACAAUCGCCGAAAUCAUCGACCGCAAAGUCGAAGAAGUAAAAGAGCGUUUCGAACAAUUCAAGUCAGCCGCCGAAAAAAAAGGUGGCAGCCCCGAGAAAGGUGCCGAGAAACUCGCCGAAUAUGCGCAGGCUUUUCUAGAGGAUUUACAGGCCUGGUCGCGGGAGAAUUUCCCCAAGGCCGAUUUCAAGGAAGGAGAGGAGUUGGACGCUGAUUACAAGCCGAAAGAGGCUGAAGUUGCGAAAAAUAGCAAGGCCGGUGCUAGUGCUACCAAGGAUAAAGAGAAAGAGAAAGAGAAAAAACCCGAGCAAACUGGUAAAAAAGACAAGGGAAAAGGAAAAGCCAAAGCUACCAACGCUGACAAACCUGACAAUGCUGAAAACGCUGAAAACGCCGAUAACACAAACAAUAACACUGCCAACCCUUCCUCUGGCGACCCUCCCCCAAACAACCCCGAAGGCACGGCAAACCCCUACAACAUGUCAGCCUACCACUACGACCUCCUCAGAAGCUGGGAGGAAGCAUACACCGACACCAAGAGCCCCAAGCCUAGCGCCGCUCUCACGGACAUCUUCACCGACUUCGACCUACACAUUUUCGCCGUCCUCGAGGCGCGUAUCCGCACUAACAAGUGGCUGCACCUCUCCGCCGACUUCGCGAACCUGACUGGCCGUGCGGUUGAUUCGGAGAUAAUUCGUCAGCUUUUUGAGGGGGGUGAGGGUGGUAGUAAGUAA